AGGUUUAAAGCAUAGAAAUCCAUAUACUGAAGUCUGAACAAAAAUGAUAACCUUCAAGUCUACUUCCCUAAUCGUUCCAAGCGAGGCUACCCCAAAUGGCCUAUUAUCGUUAUCGGAGUACGACCAAGCGAAGCAGUGGACUCAUACACCUCUCAUCAUCAUUUACAAACCCAACGAUAACAAAACCAUACCAUUUUCAAUUGAGACAAUGAAAAAUUCCUUAAGCCGUGCAUUGGUUCACUACUACCCACUAGCUGGCCGGCUACACUGGAUCGAAGGAGGCCGACUAGAGCUUCAUUGCAACGCCAUGGGAGCGCAACUGUCGGAAGCUUACUCUGAAGCAAAACUGGAUGAAUUUGGUGAUUUUACACCCAACGGGAUAAUCAAACAUCUUUUCCCUAGAAUUGAUUAUACUACUACUUCAAUUGAGGAGCAGCCCUUGUUGCUGGUGCAAGUAACAAGAUUUCCUUGUGGUGGCCUUUGUGUUGGGACAGCCAUAUCGCACAUUGUGGCUGAUGGACUGGCUGCAAUGAACUUCACCAACGCAUGGGCUAAGUUGGCUCGUGGAGAGGAUCUGGGGUGCGAUGAGAUGCCAUUUCACGAUCGAACCAUGUUGCAAUCAUGUGAAGCACCGCGUUUUGAUCAUAUAGCGUUUUCAAAACCACCACUCUUAAUAGGUUGCUCUGACACUAAAGCAGAGCAAAAGAAGGAGACUAGUGCUGCCUUACUGAAAGUCACCAAAGAGCAAGUUGAGGAACUACAGAAGAAAGCCAAUCAAAACAUGGUACUGUCGGCACGACCCUAUUCUAGAUUCGAGGCUGUCGCUGGCCACGUCUGGAGGUGUGCAUGUAAGGCACGUGCUGGCGAUAAUUGUCAACCAACAAGAGUUCGCCUCGGAGCCGACGGCCGCAAUCGGUUCAAACCACCUCUCCCUCAAGGAUACUUUGGGAAUGCAGUCUUCGAUGCGGUGACAUCGACAUGUCUUUAUGCUGACCUCUUGUCCAAGCCAUUGGGUUUUGCUGCUGGGAAACUGAGGGAAGCAAUCGAGGGAGUUACAGAUGAGUACAUAAAAUCCAUUCUUGAUUUUGUAACUAGUCAAAAAGAUGUGGGUCAUCUGAGGAAAAACUUCCACAUCAGGGGAUACACAGAAGCACCCUUCUUAGGGAACCCCAAUGUUAAUACCGACAGCUGGAUCAGUUUGCCAUUUUAUGGUGUAGAUUUUGGAUGGGGAAAGCCUGUAUACGUGGGUCCAGGGAUCUUGCAUUCUGAUGGCAAGAUGAUUAUCAUGCGAGAUCCUGCAGAUGAAGGAUCUCUCGUCAUAGCAUUGUGUUUGCAAACACAAUGCGUGGAUUCUUUUAAAGAGUUCUUCUACGAGGAUAUAUAUGAUCUAUAAGAAGCCAUCUGCCAAGUAGCAGUGAUCAUGAGGAUGGAUCUUUGGUGGUUAAUUGGCUUAUAUAUAUGUUAAUUUUUUUUUGUUUUUUUUUUAUUUCAUUUAGGUCAUCUUUUGAUGCAGAAGAGAUCAAGGCUCCCUCUAAGUAAUUCACGUGGAUGGAUGGGAGUAGAAAAGUUUGAACGUGCAUGGAGGCAGCAACCAAAUUGUAUAUGCUUUAUUUCUUUGUUAGUUUAAGCUGGUUUAUGAUUUCUUUUACGAGUUUUGGUUGGUUUAUGGUAUUUUAAGGAACUAUUGCUCAUUAGUAA